AAAUACCUAUCAAAACGAAAAACGACCCAGUUUAGCCUUUUGAACGGACCUCCAUCUUUGCUUGCCCCGCGUAUCACCGGAGAACGAAUUCCUGCCCGGAGCCGAAAAAAAAAUGAGACGACCGGCAUACUCUUCACCGUCGCUCAAUUUGAGUGCCAUGAAUCAGACGAUCUACGUAGACAACCGGAUCUCUCUCCGCAAUUACUAUCGCAUCGCCGAUAAUCUCCUCAAACAGGCAAAUAUAUACAGGGAGGAGAAGAACUUGAUAGACUUGUAUGCUAUGCUGCUAAAAUAUUCAAUUUUGGUGUCGGAAACCAUACCUUCCCAUAGAGAUUACCAGACUUUAUGUCCCAAAGAAAGAAGUUUACACAUGAAGAAAGUAUGUGGCGCGCUAGAUGAGCUAGAGGCGCUGAAGCCAAAAGUGAGCCGUCAGGUAGAUGAACUGGAAAAAGUUAACAUCACAACUCAACUACAGCAGCAUGGUGGGCCAAACAAAGUUUCCUAUGCACCCUCUUUGAGUAACAGAUCUUCCGUCAUCUACAGUAACAAGCAGAUGUUUCAUCCCAUUACGCCUCCCUCAUCUUCAUUGAAGCAGAUGACUGAAUAUACUAGAUUUUCAUCACCAAGUCCUGUCGAGUCACAAUUCCAGAAGCUAUCUCGUAAUCUACCCCUUCCAAAGCAGGAAACAUUAUCCAGACAUUCAUUGCUAGGACCAAAUGGCCUUCGUGGUCAAUGGCUUGGGCCCAGUGCUGAGGUUAAGGUUAACUAUCCAACGAAUAUUGUUAUGGAUUCAAGUGAUUUUUCAAGUCUGAAUCAGGUUGGCCAAACAGAACUUGUGACGACAGCAGAUACAAAGGCAGAAAGGUCAACCAUGGAGUCUAUUCUAACUUUGGAUGAUGGUAGAUGGCUUGAUGAGGAAUCUGGUCUUCUCCAUGCGAAUGGCAUUGAGAACAACAAUUUUCAGCAGGGUAUUAUCAGGCAACCUUCUCCACCUCCAGUUCUGGCUCAAGUGCAGCCAGAGGUACUUCCCAUCUCUCCAUCUAAAGUUGCGGACCCAAGGCCCGGCCCUCCUAAGAUCUCUGAGGACGGGCUGCCUAGUUCAAAUUCUUACCAGGAUCUUCAUAUUCCUGUGAAGAUAAUGGAAGAUUUUCUAAGAUUGGCACGAGAAAAUACUGCAAAGAAUUUGGAAACUUGUGGCGUUCUUGCUGGUUCACUUCGGAAUAGAGUAUUUCAUAUUACCACGCUCAUUAUACCAAAGCAGGAGUCUACUUCAGAUUCGUGUCAAACGUUGAAUGAGGAGGAAAUUUACGAUGUUCAAGAUAAGCGCUCUCUUUUUCCUCUUGGAUGGAUUCAUACGCAUCCUACACAAACUUGUUUCAUGUCAUCCGUUGAUCUGCACACUCACUAUUCAUAUCAGGUCAUGUUGCCAGAAGCAAUAGCAAUUGUCAUGGCUCCUACUGAUACAUCAAGUCCUCAUGGCAUAUUCCACCUUUCUGAUCCCGGGGGCGUUUCUGUCAUUCGAAACUGUCAACAGCGAAGUUUUCAUCCUCACGAAGAGCCUGAGGACGGGACUCCCAUUUACGAGCAUUGUUCGCAUGUUUAUAUGAAUUCUAAUCUCAAGUUUGAUGUGGUUGAUCUUCGUUGAGGUUUGAAAGUGGUUAAAGAUAAUAGAAACGUAUGCGUAUGUACAGUUCAUUUUUCAAACUUGGAAAUAUUGUGAUGAUGACUUUUGUAGAUACCUCUUUCUGAGAUCUUUGUGAGUAAAAACUUUCGUAUAAAUCACCAUGACUAUGGUGGAUGGACAACAAAAUAAUUGCUUAUAUCCAAUUUUUAUAUAACUGUGAUUUCCCCAGUGCAUUUAUUGGGUGAUUUUAUUCCAACAUGUUAGAGAGAGAUUUCUGAAAUGUAUAUGGUUGUUUUGAUGUUUUAUAGCAUGAUUGUAUGAUGGAAUGAUAUGAAGAUUGAAU